UUCAACCCAUGCAGUCUAAAAAUACGAGGUUAUUUUGAUAAAGAUCAUUUCGAAGAAGGAUGGAAUAGUACUGUACUAUUACCUGUAUUGCAGUUGGAACCCAUACGUUGUUUGGUGAUUGUAUCCGCAUUUGCAGAUGAUCGUAAGCGCAAGAGGGCAUAUAUAAGAACUAAAAUGUCGACAGUCGAUUCAGCUGAGCAAAGACGCAGGAAAAAGCAUCGUAGAGACGUGAAAUAUGAAGGCAACUAUGAUGCAGUACUAAGUGAGACUACAACACAAGACCACUAUCAAGCUAAACAACUUGUUACUUCGACUAUGGACCUUAAAGUCCAUGCUUCGACCAAUGCAGGAGAUCCAUCACAGGACAAGGAUGCAAAAGAAAAUGAUAACAUCCCACCAGAAACAAUAAACAAAAUUUUGUUUGAGGAGAUAAGAAGCCAAGAACAGUGGAAACAGGAAGCAGAUUGUAAUCGCAAAGAAUUCAGUAAUACACUUCAGAAUUUGCGUAUUGGAAGAAGUCUGAAUUAUAUGAUAAUUGGGACACCUGGGAUUGGCAAAACAAGUUUCCUCAACACAAUUGCAGCUUCAAUAUAUGGCAGCUUUAAUGAAUUAUUUGAGAUAGGUGGGGGCAAAAGAGACGCGGUGUCUCCGAAAAUAAGAAAAGCUGAGAAAUGCGGACUUCGGAAAAUCCUUUCAACCACAUCAGAUAUAUGGGAAGAUGAUGAUAUCACGAAAUUGAUGAGGAUUACACCAUAUCCAUCAUACAUAGACGUACCGGGACUUCCUCAACGGGACCACAGCAGUGAAGAUUUCAGGGAGGCCAUACGAGCAUUGAUGUUUGGCCGAGUUCCAGAUGGUGAAAAAAUAAUUGGUUCCGAUGGUCUGCUAUCUUUGACGGCAGACGAAAUAAAGAAGAGAUACCCGUAUAGAAAUGCUGACAAGGAAAUGCAACCGGACGUUGUUUUCAUACUUGCAUCUGCAAUAGCACCGCCACCAGAAGCCAUGCUGGAAGACAUAAUGGCCGUACUGCAGCCUAAAGAAAAUGAGGGAUAUUACAGCAACCUACGCGUAUGUGGUGUGAUAACGAAAAUAGAUAGGGUGACAGAUUGGAAAGAAUAUCGAAAAAUGAAAGACAGAUUCAUCCAUUCGUUGAACUUAGAGGGAAAAGUAUAUGCCUUGUUAGAACUGCAAAAUUAUGCUAAUGUGCGUCCGGGUGAGAGUCGGCCGAGAAUCGAUGCGAAUGUGUUGGAUUUUCUGAUGAUUUCUGUCUCACCUGGGAUGCUUCGAGACGACCAUGGCCGUGAUGAUGUUGCGCUCAGAGCGAAAGAGGAACAACUUUCAACACAAGCAAUUGAGAUUUUGCAGCGUAAUUGGUAUUGCGCCGCGUGUUGUUUCUUCGUUGUAAUAUAUCUUGUUGGGGUCAUAUCCUUUCUCGGCGUUGUUGUUAUUCUAGCUUUGAUGGCAUGUUUUUAUCUUUCCCAACAGGAUAGGGUAUACAACGUUUUCAGCCAAGAAAAUGAAUAAACUUACAGUGUAGCUGUUCAGUAACGCACCGUUGGGUCACUACUACAAUAGAGUGUGAUAAAUGAUUGAGAACACAGCAAUCUCAAUGUUUUGUAUUCUCAAUCAUUUUUGAUGUUUUUAACACUUAUCAACAUUAUACAUAUACAUACAAUAGAGUGUUGCCUAAAUAGCUUUGAAAUCUCGUUGGAGUCUUGUUUUCCGAUGAGAUUUUAGGAGAUUUGUAGCUGUAAAGGACCAACAUUUUCUUCCAUUUGAUAACACAUUUGAAUUCUCUGUGUAAUUUUCUAUUAAAACACUG